AUGAUCAAGACAGCCACUACCAGUUACGCCGCCCCCGAUGCCUUCUUGGGAGGAUGUGGAUCCCAAACUACUAAAGCCCCUCGAACCAAGUUGCGUGCCAGUUGGGUACAUGCCAAGGAGGGAGAACUUUCCCUCGAGUCCUUGGCCCUCAAGCCUGCCAAGAAGCCCGUGGACUUUAUGGGAGGAUCCUGCAGCAAGGGCCUCGAUGCCUACAGCAAGCCCAUGGAGGAUAGCACAGAAAAGACUGCAAACUCUUCCGUCAGUGGUGCUUUGGACUUGAGCGGCACCGAAUUUUUCAAUCAUUCCUUCACUGCCGACGAGGAAGACGCCGAGCCUGUGGUCCGUCGCAAGUCCUGGAACAAGAAGAAGAAGCAAGACACGGAAGCGGAGGAGAAGCCCAAGAGCAUGGCAUAUGCUUUGGAUGAUUACCUCCCAGGCUCGGAGCCCGCACCCAUCAAGCGCUGGACGCCACCCAAGAAGGAAGAGGCCGAGGAAAAACCAAAGCGCAUUAGCCUCUACCCAGAGCAAGGAUACCUGCCUGGCUCGGAGCCCGCACCCAUCAAACGCUGGACUCCACCCAAGAACAUGUAUGCUGAUGAUGAUGAGCCAGCACCCAAGCGCAACAGCCUGUACCAUGAGGACGGUUUCAUUGGAGGAUGCGAGCCCAAGGCCGUCAAGAAGUGGACCCCACUUCCCAAGGACGAUGACACUGAGCCUAAGCGCACCAGCAAGAGCUCCUCCUGGGAUCAGCCAACUGCUUUCUUGGGAGGCUGCGAGCCAGCUCCCGUUCGCAGGUGGUCCAGGCCCGGCAACUAA